AAAAAAUGGCUAGAUCAUAAAAAAGCUUAAGUUUUUAAAAAGAAAAUCUUAGGCUUCCUGGAUUUUAAAUUUAAAGUAAGAUAAAUAAAGGAGGGUUUGGAUCCAUAUACAAAGGGAUAGAUUUAGCAAAGAACAAAGAAGUGGCAAUAAAAUAUUCUCAAUUCAAUUUACAAAGAGAAUAUCAAAUAACUCUAAAAUUAUAGAAGAUAAUAGGAAUACCUAAGAUUUAUGGAUUAGAAGAAUAGGAAAAAGGAAGUUUUAUGAAUAUGGAACUUUUAUUUUAAGAUUUACAUACAAUAAGAUGUAAAUAAAAGCAAUUUUCUUUGAAAUGCAUCUGUUUUAUAGCAAUACAGAUAUUGGAGAUAUUAAAGUAAGUACACUAAAUGAAUUUGGUACAUCGAGAUAUUAAACCUACAAACUUAAUGGUGAAAUCACUUGAAGGUUUUAAUAAAUAAUUAUUUAAGAACCACAAAUAUACUUGAUAGAUUUUGGAAUAGCAAAAGAAUAGAAUUAGAAUGAAUUAGGUUUAGAAGUAGAAGGCACAUUUUUAUAUGAUCCAAUAUCUGUGCAUAAAAGAUAGAAAUAUAAAUUUAUUGAUGACAUUGAAAUGUUAGCUUAUACUCUAGUAUUUUUAUAUAAAGGUAUUCAAAUUAAAAUAUGAGUAGGUCAUUUACCUUGGAAAAAGUAUGGAAAUCAAGUUCUGGUUAAUGAAGUAGUAUUAAAAUAGAAAGAAUAGUAUAUAAAUUCAAAGGCUAUGAGUCAACUCCCAUUUUCUGAGUUAUUUGGGUACAUAAAAUGGAAUCAACAUAAAAAUAAACUAGAUCAUGAGUUCUUAAUUAAUUUAUUUAGAAAGAUCUUAAGGGAAAACAAAAUAAUAGAAAACUACCAAUUUGAUUGGAUUGAAUAAUCUAAUAAAAAAUAAUGGAACAAUUCAAUAAUAGAAGAUAUUAAUACAGGUAUAGAUUGAUUUAAAAUUAUAGAUUUAAAUGAAGAAGAAUAAUAAUACUAGAGUGCUACUUGUUUAUCAAAUUUAGUAUAUAAAUUCUUUAAGGAAUGA